AUGAGCCAACCAAUGAAUAUCAUGGGCGGGCCCACUCCCAAUUCCGGCACGCCAAACAACGCGUCCAGCGGGGACAUGUCCCGCCAGAAGCUCAACACAUACAUCUACGACUACUUUCUCAAGCACGGUAACCAUGAAGUCGCCCGUGCCAUCCUCAAGACCGUCGAUCUCGACCUUGAUCCGCACCAGAGCCCGGAUCGCAAAGACAUCAAUGGCGUGAGCGAUUCGAUGGAUGCCGACUCCAAAGACAACAACAAGAAGCCCGACGACCUUCCUUCACCCAACGUGCCGGCCGCUUCAGACGGCAGCUUCUUGUACGACUGGUGGCACCAGUUCUGGGAGUGCUUCAAUGCCCAACACGGUCGAGGCAACAACACGCAAACCGCAAAGUAUCUGAGCAACGUCCAGGUAUGUCGCUGCUUUCUCAAGACACACCCUUGCCCCUGCCCACCACCGAUCCCACUAACCCGCAGCCCUAGNGCCCGAAUGGCCAGCGAGCGACAGAGGCUGAUGCGCGUCGAUCCCCAGAUGCAAGCCAAUAUGGCCAUGCGCCCCGGCAUGGUUGGCCCUAGCAUACCAGUACCNCCCGAGAUGGCCAAGAAGUUUGGCCUUCAACCAGGUCGUCAACCUACACAGCAGCAAGUGGUACAAAUGCAGCAGCAGAUGCGCAUGCAACAGAUGGCACAGCUGCAGCAGAACGCCAUGCAGAGAGAGGGUUCGACCAUGGAGCAAAGGCCCACGUCUCCUGGCGGCGGCGACGCUGCUCCAUCGCCCAAACGCCAACGACUGGACGGCAACUUCAACGGCGCCAUGGGCCCUAUGGGACGCGGUCAGCCUCCGGGCAUGCCCGGGCAACAGGUCUGUCUUUCCCCUCGAUGCGCANNCAUGGCCACGGACGCUGACAAGAUGCAGAUGGCCAACCCUCAGGCAAAAGCCAUGCAACAGGUAUAUGCCAACUCCAUGCGCCAGCAUAUGCAAUCCGCCAUGGAUUCUAACGUGGACAAGGGGUUGAUGCCUAACGGAGCGCCUCAGAUGGCACAGGAUCCCAAUUCGGCCGAGUUCUUCAACACGCAGAUGCGUCCAAUGCCCGGCCAGGCGCCGCCCAACGCCAACAGCAACCACGCCCUCCAGGACUACCAGAUGCAGUUGAUGCUGCUAGAACAGCAGAACAAGAAGCGCCUGCUGAUGGCCCGCCAAGAGCAAGACAACAUGACCAACGGACCCAACGGCCCUGUGCCUGCUUCUGGACAGCCCCAGAACUUCGCCCCGGCCAUGUCGCCCUCCAACAGCAGGGCUGGUCCUUCUCCAGGCCCCAACGAGCAGAUGCGACGCGGCACUCCCAAGAUGGCUCCCGGUGUCGUCCCCUCNCCCACCGCCGACGGAGGUAUGCCCGGUCGCGCAUCUCCUGCUCCCGGCCAGUUCGAUCCCAACAACCCCAUGAACCCGGCCAUGUUCCCCAUGGCCAUGAUGAAAGGUCCCAACGGCCAGAUGAUGCAGCCUCCCAGCUCGCAUCCAGCCUUUGCUCAGAUGAACCAGCAACAACAGAUGGACAUGUACCGCCAGGCUCAAGCACGCAACGGCCAGGCACAGAUGGCCAAUGGCUUCAUGCCCCAGCCUGGUCCCAUGAUGGGAGGCCAGCCUCCACCACAACCACCCAACAUGACUCCUCAGCAGCGCAACGCCGCUAUGCCUCCUCCGCCCGCUCCUGGCAACGACGGUCCAAGAGCNUGGCACCGGUCCAUCAUCACCCUCGCAGAACCAAGCUCCACCCACGCCCUCGCAAGCGAACAAGCCCAAUACCAAGUCCAAAAAGGACAACUCCAAGGCGGCAAACAAGGUAAUGAAUUCAGAGCAUUCUUGGUACUUUCUGGCGCUAACCUUCAUCUUCAGGGCGGCAAGAAGGGAACAACUGGUGCUACUCCUCAAGAGUCGACCGANACAACCCCCGACCCCAACUCCAGCACCACCAAUCACGCCCCAACCCACUUCAGCUUUCCCCCGAAGCCAAAUCAGCCCCAGAACCAACAGCAACCAUCCAAUGCGCAAUCCGGCAUGCCUGGCCAGCAAAAUCCCGGAGGCGACAUGUCCAACAUCGGAGCUCCAUUCGGCAACAUGGACGACAAUUUCGGCAGCAUUGGCGGCAUCGAUUUCGAAAUGGGCGGCCCAGAUGUGCUCGACAACUUCGAUUUCGACUCUUUCCUCACGACUGAUGGCGGCGCUGACGGCUUCAGUUUUGAUCCUAGUGGCAUGAACUUUGGCACCGAUGGCGGACUCGAAGCAGGUGGUGACCUUUAA